CAUUUCGAUUGACAAUUGAUUUGUGUGUUUUGUUGUGUUGAUGUAGAAAUGAUUUGUCUAAAAAAAGAAGAAAAAAUUCUUUUUCCCAUAAAUUAACGUGAAAAAACCACUCGAACAUCGUUGCUAAAUACGUCCAUUACAAUGGUCAUAGCACAGAAUGUCUCCAAAUUUCUAUCGAACACGUCCAACACGGUGAAAUUCAUUUGCGGAGUCACAAUAUUUUUCUACCUGUUAUCUUAUUCGGAAAGUGUUCGCCUUGCCAUCCUAUCGUAUCUGGCCGUAACGCCAGGCUAUUUACUGCCACCGUCCUGUUGGAUAUGGACUGCAUUUACCUAUUGCUUCAUUGAACUGCAUCUGUGGGAAGUGUUAGCUGAUUUACUGACGAUCGUUCUGACCCACAAACUCAUCGAACCAUUAUGGGGACAAGCGGAGAUUCUUCUGUUUUUCAUUAUCGUCAACUUUAGCGUCGCAAUUUUAUCGUCGCUGUACUACCUGGUCAUUUUUGUAUGUACGAAGGACGCAGAAUUUCUGUUCACAGAUUCGAGUUCACACAUUCGUGGAUUGUCGGGAUAUCUGGGUGGAAUUUGUGUCGCUGUCAGGCAGGUGAUGCCCGAUCUGUUGAUUGCUAAAUCAAGAUUUGGUGUCUUAACAAAUAGAGACAUACCGCUCACGCUCGUAUGCAUAAUAAUCGUUCUGUCCUGCUUGGGUUUAUUGGACCACACGUUCCCCCUCAUGUUCAUAUCGGGAUUGUUGGUCUCAUUCAUUUAUUUACGAUUCUUUCAACGACACGGCAAUCGAAGCCGCGGUGACAACGCUGAAAACUUUACGUUUGCAAGCUUCUUCCCCCGAAUCGUUCAACCGGUGAUCACCAUACUAGUCAAUCCAAUCCAUUUGUGUUUUCUUCGGUUGAACAUAGUAUCGUCGAACCAGGCAGAAUUGCUGCCAGUGACAACGAGCAGCGUCAUGAUAUCCAGUUUUGAUCCGCAAAAUAUCGAAAGGAGGCGACAGAUUGCUUUAAAAGCACUCAGCGAACGAUUGUCGAAAACCAAUGAGUCGAAUCGCCAACAGCUGGUCCAGCAUCAGCAGCAACAGCAAAAAAUUAACACUAAUUUACCAUCCACUAGUUCUACGACCACUUUAGUAGAAAUUGAACAAAAUUCGAAUGUAGAACCGAGUCAAUCGAAACAAUUUGGAGGCGCGUAGGGAAAGUGUGUUGGUUGUGGAGGGGUGUUUCUAAUUUUGUUUGAUUUGUUUUUGGGAUCGAUUUCGGUUUGUAAUUAUUAGGCGUAAAUUAACGUGUAAAUAUUAUUUAAAUAAAUAUUGAUUUUUAUAGAGAGAAUUCAAA